CUUUAGUUGCCAGCGCCAUCUAGCGUUCAUUCCUUAAGAUGAAUAUACAUUGUACAUGUGGUGGCGUGGCGAUAAGUCCUGGCUAUCGUUUGGUAAGCGUGUUUUUGGCAACCCUGUCUGUAUACAGCACGAGAAGUUAGUAAACAAAUAACUAAUUUUUACUAAAUAAACACAAAAUAUGAGUUCGCCGAUAAAUAAAAACUCCAGCGAGACUAAUAACAAUGGCAAUAAACCUAAGAAAGCAGGCAAAACCAAUUCUACAGCGAAGGGCGGCACUGUUGACACCCGUUCAGAAUUGGCGGAAUUAAUCAAGAAGAAGGCAGAGACUUCGGAGCAAUUGGCUAAUCUAGAGCGACAGAUUUACGCUUUCGAGGGCUCCUAUUUGGAGGACACACAGCUCUGCGGCAAUAUCAUACGCGGCUGGGAACGCUAUCUUACCUCCAACAAAGCAACAAACUCGAAGGCAGACAAACGCAAUCGCAAGUUCAAAGAUGCAGAACGUUUGUUUUCAAAGUCCAGCAUCACUUCUAUGGCUAUUUGUAAUCCUGAGCGCGCCAGUGAAUCGGAUUCCAUAACCAAUGAAGAUUCCAGCGAUAAUCAGAUGUCAAUUAACCAAAAUACGACAACGGCACACGAUGGCGCUACCACAAUCAAAUCCCAAGACGAAAAGGAUUCACCACAUCGAAACGACAGCAGCAGCGUUCCAGCCAGCAGCAAUAAGGAAUUGCUAAGCACACCCACUUCCACUACCAAGAGCAAAUUGACUUCCAACUCUAGUGCGACAGCCAAGAAAAGCGGGCAUAUCAAUAAGAAAAUUAGGCAUAGGUGAUGCCGUCGACGCU